CGGCCCGUCGACGGGAUGAGACCACCGCGGGCCCGGGCCCGAGCCCAGCCCCCGACCCAGGCCCAGCCCCCGGCCCUGUCGCAGCCCCGGGCCCAGGCCCAGCUCCCGGCCCCCCGUGAACGCUCGGCGGGGCGGGCGGUACCCGCCCCGCCCCCGCUGCCCGCCCCGCCCCCGGCUGGCAGCCCCGCCAAGAUGGCUGCGCUGAGGGCCACUCGGCAAAUGCUUCAAACCAUCGCAGGGCAUGGAUGGAGAUCACAUUGUAGUAAAACUGCUCAAAACUUAAAUAUAGGCAAAUCUGGAGCUGGCUUUAGCUUUGAACUUACUGAUGAACAGAAAGAGUUUCAAGCUACUGCUCAUAAAUUUGCUGUGGAGGAAAUUAUUCCUGUUGCUGCACAGUAUGACAGAACUGGAGAGUAUCCUCUUCCGCUUAUAAAACGGGCUUGGGAACUUGGUCUUAUGAAUUCACACAUACCAGAAAGAUGUGGUGGUCUUGGCCUUGGCAGUUUUGAAGCAUGCCUUAUUACAGAAGAGUUGGCUUAUGGAUGUACAGGGGUUCAAACUGCCAUUGAAGCAAAUUCCUUAGGGCAAAUGCCAGUAAUCAUUGCAGGAAAUGAGCAUCAGCAGAAAAAAUACUUAGGAAGAAUGACAGAGCAACCACUGAUGUGUGCUUACUGUGUAACAGAGCCUGGAGCAGGCUCUGAUGUGGCUGGCAUAAAAACAAAGGCUGAGAAGAAAGGAGAUGAAUAUGUUAUUAACGGUCAGAAGAUGUGGAUCACAAACGGUGGGAAAGCAAACUGGUAUUUUUUGCUAGCUCGUACUGAUCCAGAUCCAAAAGCUCCUGCAAGCAAAGCCUUUACUGGAUUCAUUGUGGAAGCAGAUAGCCCUGGAAUACAAAUUGGAAGAAAGGAAAUGAAUAUGGGUCAACGCUGCUCAGAUACAAGAGGUAUUGUCUUUGAAGAUGUGAGAGUCCCAAAAGAAAAUGUAUUAAUAGCUGAGGGAGCUGGCUUUAAAAUCGCAAUGGGAGCUUUUGAUAAGACCAGACCACCCGUAGCAGCUGGUGCUGUUGGAUUAGCAAAAAGAGCACUUGAGGAAGCUACUAAAUAUGCUCUGGAAAGAAAAACCUUUGGGAAAGCAAUUGUUGAACACCAAGCAGUGUCUUUCUUGCUUGCUGAAAUGGCAAUGAAAGUGGAACUUGCUCGGAUGGCUUACCAAAGAGCCGCAUGGGAAGUUGAUGCUGGUCGCAGGAAUACCUACUAUGCUUCCAUUGCAAAGGCUUUUGCUGGUGACAUUGCAAACCAAGUAGCUACUGAUGCAGUACAGAUUUUUGGAGGAAAUGGAUUUAAUACUGAAUAUCCUGUAGAAAAACUAAUGAGAGAUGCUAAAAUCUACCAGAUUUAUGAGGGAACUGCUCAGAUUCAAAGGAUGAUCAUAGCUCGUGAACAUGUUGGCAAAUUUAAGGCUCAAGGAAAUAUAUGAAGUGUGUCUGGUGCUGCUGUAGUGUCUGUGUUUUCAUGGAAGAGGAUUUUGGUGCAUUUCUCCAAUAGCAUUAAAAAGGGAUGGAAGAAAAAAAGAAAAACAACUUUCCUUCAGAAUCUUUUUUUUCUGUACAUUAUUAAGGACUACUUCUAUUCUCCCUGUCCAGUCAGUCACUUCAAUCCUGACGGACAAAGCUGGUAUUUUAUAAACAUUCUGAAUUCCAAAGUGAUCGGUUGUUGAAAUACAAAAUGGGCAAGAAAUGAGAACCUUACAAUGCAAUGUUUUCUCACUAUACAGUUAGAUGACCAGAAUGUUAUUUCUGAGAGUAAUUGCUGCAUUUUAAGAGAAGUAUGCUUGGUUUUUAUUAAUUUUGCUUGUCACAUAACUUAAAUUGUAUUUUGGCUAA